AUCGUUGUUUGUUACCAAGGCCUUGUACGAAGUGAAACCCAUUAAUUAACAAAACAGCUAAGCCUAACAUUGUAUCAGAAAGAGUAAUCUGUUUUUCUUUUGUUGUUCUUAAACAGUUGAAAGCUAAAUAACGGAAUGUCCUAUUAUUACCAAGUAACUUGAAAAAUUAACAGUACUAAAUAAGGUUGUCAGAAAUUUUUAAAUUUAAGCAAUGUUGAAGCAUAGGCCUAUGACUUAACAUAUGACAUGUACCCCGCAAUGGCAGUUUAUCGUUACGCUACUUACUGAAGCCACUAGUGUUUUAAUUCGUUUCAUCAUCCAUCAUUGAUUUUGUGAAUAAACUUAAGUUUACGCCCGUGUCUAAAUGCAUUAGAAAAACACCAGUGAUUUAUUAGGUUUAAACCUCUUAACUUUUAGUUUCACCACCUUACAGUUAGAGGUAUGGGAAAUGACUGCUGUAAAAGUCACCGAUCAUCAAGAGUCAUUACACUAAUGAUGGUUGGACUGGAUAAUGCUGGAAAAACCUGUACAGUAAAACACUUUCUAGGUGAAUCAACAGAUGAUAUUGUACCAACUGUAGGGUUUUCCAACAUAGAAAGGACAUAUGGAAAGUUCCGUCUUGUUAUAUAUGAUCUAGGAGGAGGAAGUAAGAUCCGUGCAAUCUGGAAAAAUUACUAUGCUUUAGUAUAUGGGAUUGUUUUUGUGAUGGAUGCAACUGAAGCCUCAAGAAUUCCAGAAAUGAAACAUGUUAUCACAGAAGUUCUGCAAGAUCCCCGAAUAGCUGGAAAACCUGUGUUAAUGUUAUUAAAUAAACAAGAUCAAGAAGUAGCCGUGAAUGAGAUUGAACUCUGUAGUCUUCUUGGCCUAGAAAAUGUUGUGAAUGACCAGAAAUGCCCAACAAGAGUGGAGACAACCUGUGCAAUCAAACGACAAGCAAAGAAAAUGGAUCCAGGGAUUGAAAUGGGCUUUAAAUGGCUUAUUGGGUACAUCAGUAAGAAUUUCAAAAGCUUGAAAGAACGGGUUGACCAAGAAACCAAAGAGCAGAAAGAAUGGCAAGAGAAAGAGAGACAAGCACGACUUGAACGCGUACAAAAGGCAAGAGCUGAAAGAGAAAGAUUAGAACGAGAACAAAAGUUAAAGGACGGCUGCAACAAAGUUGAAGAAAGUGACAAUGAUGACGAUGAUGAUGAUGUUGUUAUUGGGAAUCCAUUCAAACCAGUGAAGCAAAUUCGAGAAGAAAUGGAGAAAAAAGAACAUUCUAAACUAGAAAAUGAGUCAGAUGGAUUCAAAAUAAUACAGGUUACACCCACCCACACACCUGUUACUAAACCAGAGAUAAGUGAUGAAAGUCUUGAAGACUCUCCAAGCAAUGAGGAAGUAAUCGGUGCUCAGUCUGAAACAGACAGUGAACCAAAACUCCAGAGUUCAGUUGAUGUUGACAGCAGUGAUCCUCUUAGUGGAAACUCCAUUGUUGGGUAUCUUCCUCCAAUUGAUAAAAGCUCCAAAAAUGAAAAGAAAAAGGGAAAGAAGAAGAAUCUGGGAAAACGGUUCAAAAAUAAAAUAUCACCUGGAAGUGAAACUCAUUUGCAGCUGGCAGCACCUGCCCAACUUCCACCUAUUAGAAGUACCAAACCAGCUGAAACAGUAUGGUUAAGUAACGAUGCACCUUCACUGCCUAAUUCUACCCAUAGUCCUUCUCUGGGAAGAGAAGGUGGAAAAAUAAAUUGGGCAUUAGCAGAAGACCUCAUAGCAGAAGGUUAUGAAGAAAAAGAAAAGGAUGGAGUUCUGUCCAAUUACAAAGAAAAUGGCUUAAUAGAUGAUGUUACUUGAUCUGAUUUUAUAGAUACAAGGUUAAUAUUUUCCGUCCAGGCUCAAACUCUGGGAUGUAAGAUAAAUUUGUGAUAUACACAUCUGCUAGUCUGUGUGUGUGCAAGAUAAUUAUUAUUCUUUUGAUUUACAUUAUUUUAAACUUCUUGUUGAGUGUUGUAGUAUCAUAGGAACCAUUUAAAUAAUUGGUUUAUGUUAGAGAGACUAUUGUAUAUAGAUUCUAAUAUAUAUAUAUAUAUAUAUGCAUGUAUAUGCAAACAUCAUUCAUAUUAUAUGAUACAACUAAUUCUGUCGCUUUUAAAGGUUAUCUAAAUUUUAGUAACUUAAAACAUAAAUAAAGAUAGUAAUAUCAGUGCUUCAUGCAUCUCCAACAAGAUACAUAAGAGAAACAUUUAGAAAUAGUGUAGCCAAUCAGACGAGGAGCACCUACUGAGGAUGAUGUAUAAAGAUAUAUUACCUAUGCAUGUUUAAAUUUAAUUUAGAUGGUACUUAACCAUUUCAAAAUCACUUCAAAAGUAAAUAAGUAAAAUUAGUACAACUUUUGUUGUCCCCCGGUAUGACAGCGAUAAGUCUACGGAAUUAAAAUGCAAAAAUCCAGGAUUCAAUUCCCUGUGUUGAACACAGCAGAUUGUCCAGUGUGGCUUUGCUCUAAAGAAAAACAAUCUAAAAACAAUUUUUGUUUUUUUCUAAGUACGUGUCGUAUUAAAGUACAAGCCUGUUAAUCUCUAACCACAAUUGAAUAUUAUCAAUGUUGCAGGUUUCUUCUGAAAGCAUUAUUUUCAUAAUAGUUUGCCAUUUUGUCCUUUGGUAAUAAAUUUAUUAUUGAGAAUAGAAAAUUGUGGGCUACAUAAUGGAAAUAAUAAGUAAUCAAAAUUAUUUGAAAAUUAAUGUGCAGUUUUAUUGCAAUUCCCCGUUGUUUGUUUACUAAUACCUGUAGUUUUAUAUCAUUUUAGAAAAGGUAAUUUUAAGUUUAUGGAAAAAAAAUUAGCAGGUUAAGGAUGCAAUUUAUAGUACUAGACAGUAGCCGAAUCGUUAAAUACAAACAUUGUGGUCUCAAACGAAUAAUGGAAACCAUUUUCUACUUAUUUUCUAGUCUUAUAAGUCUGUCUAUAAUUUCUACUUUCUGGAAUCAGACAAGAAGUAUUAUAUUAAUUGUAAUUUGUGACUUGAUAUUUAAAAAUUAUGUUCCAUUUAGAAUAUACACCUAUCAUCGGGAAAGAAAAGUAUUAUUUAUCUGAUUUGAAGUGGUUCACAUGUCAAAUAUUUGCUGUCAGCUGAAUGGAGAAAAUGUAUAUAGUGUAAUUUUAUUAUUUUUAAAGUAAAAUUAUAGUUUCCUGUUUCCAAAAUCAUGGAUUUGAAUACUCAUCAUUACAGGAUAAUAUCAUUCAUUGCUAAGCCUUUAAUCAUUUCUAUUUUGAUUAUUUAAUUAGUUAAGACUACAAUUUGUCAUGAUGAUUGUGAAAAAUUAAAAUAUUCUGAUUCACUGUGAUAAAGAAUUACUAAUAUUAGUUUUUUUUUAUGUCAUAUGUCAUUUUUAGUUUUAUAAUUUUUCACUUAUAUGCAAUUAAUGGAAAAAAAGUUGUAGUCAGGCCCUAUAUAAGCAACACAAUUGUAUUAGAGAAACAAUUAUAGGUACACAAAACCUAACGAAUAACAUCUAUCAAGGAUCAUUUGUUAUGUGUAUUUGUGUGUGUAUAUAUAUCCAAUUGAAUGAUACAUUUUUAUGGGAAAAAUAGAAAUAUCAAAACUACAUUUUUAAAAUUUCUUAUUUUUAAAAAGCCCACUUUAACAUGCCACAGUUGUCUCUCUUUAAAUAGAUGGAUUUUUUUACACUGUACAGUUCAGAUUGUGUGAAUGUGUGUGUAAAUAUAAUACUUAGCUGAUUCAUAAAAAUCAAGAAGUUCAUUAGUUUCACAAGGUGUGAAAAUGUAACAGAUAAACAAAGCUUUUGAAAUUUACAUAGGUUCGUGUGAUAAUAAGAUUAGAACUGUUGCUUGAGUGACAGUCACAUGAUUUAAUAUCUCAGAUUUUAUCAUGUAUACUGACUUUGAAUUGUAAUAAUAGUCAUAUAAAUGUCUGAAGGAUGACAUCUGUAAUCCACAAAUAUUGUUUCAAAAUAAGAUUUGAAGUUCUAAGUGAAAGGUUAUCAUUAAGGGAAUCUCUGCAUACUUGUUUCUUCAUAAUGAAGAUUAAUAUAACUUGCCUGUAUAACAAUAAUUAGUAUUCAUGGGCACAACUUACUCUUACCACUUUUUUACCCAAAAACUGGUUUCUGAUCCCUAUGAUCUAACAUGAGUGAACCUAAGAAACAGUAAUGAAUUACUAGCUUUUAACCAAUUUCCCAUCAGAGAAGAGUUGAUACUAUUGUAAGUAAAGAAAUAUUCAUGGCUUACCACUUUUUUACCCAAAAACUGGUUUCUGAUCCCUAUGAUCUAACAUGAGUGAACCUAAGAAACAGUAAUGAAUUACUAGCUUUUAACCAAUUUCCCAUCAGAGAAGAGUUGAUACUAUUGUAAGUAAAGAAAUAUUCAUGGCUAUACUAAAGCCAAUAUUUGAAGAAACUUUAAACAUAUAAAAUUCAUGUUAAAGUACAGCUAUUUAAAGCUCUCUUUCAUACACAAACAUGUAUGUAAUCAACAAUGUCUUACAGUAUCAAAUCUUGGAAAACACUGAUGAAUAGUUAACCAAGUUUAAUUCUACAAAUCCUCGGCUCUCUGCACGUACGAGGAACAGCUGCUUCCAAUACGAUUACCUACCUUCUCUCACGGUUACAACUAUUCUCAACUUGACUGCCCUCUAGUGCAUAAAAUUUUGCUUGCCACUAGCCUUGAACUCCCACCUAAUUUCACAUGCAUAUCACAUGAUUCAGUUGUAUUUGAGCAUGCAACAACCCUCCACCAAUAGGAGUGACACACCCUCAUAUCACAGUUGACUCCUUCUCGAUUUGACAUGACAGUGAUAAAAUCUAGUGCUCCAUUUCCAAUGUUGUUUUCUUCUUUUGGGCAUUUUGAAAAUAUUCAGUUACCGAUUUUUGCAUUUUGAAAUAUUGUUUAUAAUCCACUAUCGAGUUGGAUUUCUUUAUUUGAUUGUGAAUUCUAUUUCUCACUCAGUUACUGGUAGUUAGUCAAUAGUUAUGAAUUCACAAAUUAAUAUUAUGAUUACAAUGGCUGUCAUGAACCCUCAAAAUUUACAGAUAUCCCUUCCAUCUGGGUUCCUCUGGUGGUUAGAAAAGGACAACACCACAAUAGGGGAUGGGGGGUACUUAUUCUUCCUCCUCAUCCAGAUAUCCACAUCUUCAAAGAAUCCUUGUUGUGAAGAUGUGGUGAAUGCUGCAAUAUGCAGCAGAUGUUAGGCCAUCAGUCUCAGGAGGAGUUAGGUCUUCACAUCAAUUGUUUGUAACUCCUUGUUAUUUGUUGAGCAAUGGUUCAAUUUCUGUCAUCCCUGCAGGGCAUGACAGUUAUGAGUUAUUUCAAUAACUUGACAGUUGUCCCUUACAUCAUCUGUAAAGGGGGCACUCUAUCCUGAUACAUAUGUUCCCACAUUCUAGAGAUCCUCUUCUGGGCUCACAGUCAUCAAAUUCAUUUGCUAGAUUUUUACAUACAAGGUGCCUUAAAGCUCGUCACGGUUCGCCUGUCCCUUCCUGACAAGGUUCUACCCAUGAUAUAGUCCCUUGACCCCCAGGUAUUCCGAUGAUUAUGUUCGUGGAUACUUCCCAGCUGGCAUUUGUCACUCAUUUGAAUGCCAAACUUCCUCUCUUUUGCUCCCCAAUUCCAUAUCCUUUGGCUGUGGAUGCAUUCAGCCGGGAUUGGAAGGACCUUUUCCUUUAUACAUACCCUCCCAUCUGUCUUCUGUCCUGAGUAAUUUCUUUCAUCCAAUUCACUCCGUAUUGAGUCCUUCUUGUGGCUUCUUUCUGGUCAAAUCCACUGUGGUUUCUGUCCCUUCUCUAGGAAUUACCUCUCCCUGUUUCCCGGUCCCUCUCCAGCAACCUCACUCAGGGGUACUUCAUCCCGCCAUUCCCUCACUCUGGCUUAAUGCAUGUCUUUUGUUCAGUCCCUUGCAAGGAGUUUGGGCCUAUCCACAAGUGCAGCAUCCCUGUUGUCACACUCUGACUGUUUCUCAUCCAUGUCUGUAUAUCAACGUGAGUGGAGACUAUUCCGUAGUUGGUCUAUCCAGCAUGAAUUCUCCCUUUCCUCUCCAGUUAUUUCCCUUUUAUUUCGGUCUAUGUGUUUUCAUCAUCAUCCUCAUACUGCUCAAUUGACUGAAAUCUAAAUGUUGUUCUGCAUGCCCUUUUCUUUACUCUCUUCGAACUGUUAUCCUCAUGUUCCUUAUAUCACUUUUCCUUGAACAUGUAUUUCUUUCUCCUUUUGACUUGUGGAUGUCAUCAGUCGGACUUGUUCCCCAUUGAUAUUCGCCUCGUUUUGUACCACAAAACCUUUGGCCUUUUAUAUCCCAUUCCUUCUUUCCUUUUAAAAACAUCAUCUGCCAGAGAAAGAGAUUUUGUCUUCACUCUUUUUCCAUUCCUUCCAUUUCCCUUAUUUCUGACCACUUUGAUCCAGAUUGUCUCCUGUGUCCAGUCCGUGCUUUACAGUGUUACGUGUCACACACAGCAUCCUUCCAUGACUCACUACCUUUCAUCUGAAUCUUGCCAAUUGUUAUGUAUUUCAUCCCAUCAGAUCUGUCACCUCCUGAUGUUCUUGGCUCCUCAUUUCCAUCAUCCUUUAGAGGAGAUUAUCCAGGCCAGCAUGUGGAUCACUCUCCACACCUUUGUAUUGUGCUACUUACAUCAUCUGGCUGUUUCCUCAUCAGUCAGAUAUUGUCUUCCCCCUGUAGCCAUUCUUCAUGUGUUGGUACAACUCUGACUGGGUAAGAUAUUUUAGUUUCUAUUUUUUUUUCAGGGAUCUACUUUAAAUGUUAUGAAUUUUGCUCUGUGGUGAAUGGUACCUGUACAGUAAUAUUGAUCUACAGCAUUUGCAAUGUGAGAUCUAUAAGGUCUAUCAUGCACACUUUUGGGAUGGGGUGUUCCACAAGACUGCUUACAGGUUCUUCCUCAUGGUAUAUUGAGUCAUAAAUAUGUUUGUACUGGACCGUACACUCAUGGACUAAUGUUCCUUAGAUUUCCAGAAUUGGGAAUGGUCUGCUUUUUACAAUAUGGAUCUCGAUUACGAUCCGAUGCACCCUAGCCACUCUGCACACAUUCCUCUUCCUUUUGAAUUUGGGAUGGAUAACUUGUUCCACCCUUGUCUUGCAGCACAACACCAUUUGUCUCCACUUGGGCAAAGAAUAUACCUGGUUCAGAUGUGGUGCUCUUCACAUGCUUUUGAAGGGUGCUCUUAUGGGUAAUUUUACACCAGUCCCUCCACCUGCUGGAUUCUAGCUGUAACUGUGAAAGGAGGUAAGUAAUUAUGUUGGAAGUUAAUAUUUUCCUACACUGAAAAUAUAUUUCCAAUAAAUACUUACCUCAGUUGCAUAGAGGGAGUUAGCUGCGAUAGAAAUGUUUGUUGCAUGCUUAAAUGCAGCUGAACCACAUCGAAUUAGGUGGGAAUUCAAGGUUAGUGGCAAGCAAAAAUUUGCACACUAGAGGGCAGUGAAAUCGAGAAUAGCUGUAACUGUGAGAAAAGUUAAAUAUCUAUCAGAAUUAUAUUUUCAGCAUAGGAAAAUAUUAACUUCCAGUUUGUUACUCGUAGUGUAAUAAAACAAUAAACUUAUUUUUUAUUAGUACUUCUAGAUCAGCAUCUUACCUAUUUGGUAAAGGUAGAAGUAAAAUUUAUUCUUCAUUAAAACACAUCAUCUACCAUAUCAUUACUCUUAAAAUGAGGAAUCUGAAGUUCAAAGUAAUUGCAUGUCCAAUCCUGGUAACUUCACUAUCUACAUCUUCGAAACUGUUAAUAAUGGUCUAGGCACACAGAAAAUUAAUGCUAUGUACAAAAUUGUAUGAUACAAUAGGUGGUGUCUUAAGUGAGUUACCAGCAAUUUCUUGUAAACAGUUGUUGUGGCUAAUAGGGUAAGUCUAGUUAGUUUUGUAUUAAUUCAUUUAUUUUAGUUGUAUAACAUGAUAUUACAGAGAAACAAACUGCAUCAUUUAUUAAAUGUUAAGGUUAACCCAAUUUUAUAAAUUGUUUAAUCACUUGUAAAGUAUCAUAACAAAACUCCAGAAAUACACUGCUUUUAUAUAUUUCCUCAGUAUACAAUAGAUUGUGGGGGGUCCUAUUGAUAACCACCUAUAAUUACUACUAAGGGUAAUAAGUAGCAUAUUGAAAUGAUUUCGUAAUGUUAUGCAAAAUAUACAAAGAAGUCGGUGAAAAUAAUAAGUCAUGCUAAUUACAAUUCAAUCCUUUUUGUAGACUAUCUGUUACUGCACUUAAUCAAGAGACAUGUUUCCAUCUCUCAUAGCCUCUUAAUCUCAUGAAAAGCGGGAAAGUCCAUGGAAUAUGUAGUGCAUUUCUUGAGAUAUUUUGCACAGAAUUAUGAAAUUGUGUUAAUAUGCUGCUUAUCAGCCUUAACAGUAUUUUUAGACAGUCAAAAUCUAGCCAUGUGCUGUCAUAUGCACCCACGGGUGAUCACAGACUGGACUGCAGUUCAAUCACAGGCAUUUCUUUACACAGGAAAAAAUAAUGAUAACCAGUCUUGGCUUCCACAACAAAGAUAUUGCAGGCACAACUGCUAUUAGUUAUCACCACAAUAUUGAGUAGAAGUUUAAGACAUGCUAAAAUUUUAAGACUUAUUUGCCAGGUUCUAUGCACAUAGUUUGAUGUUAAAUUGCAGAAUGUACCCCAAGUUAAAAUUGCACUAUCUUAUACAAGUAAGAGUAUAUACCAUAAUAUUAUGUGCACCAGUAAAACAGGAAUAGUAUGUUUAAUUUAAAAAAACGUAUUAAACAUCAACACUUGUAGAUACUUGGCUAAAACUGUGAUUGUACAAAUAACUCUUUUUACAUAUGUUUAAUUAUAUUCUGUAAUUGAUAAUUAUCAUUCAUGUAUAUUUUUGUCUAGUCAUUUUCUUCACACUAAGUAUUUCUGAAGAUAAAAAUUGCUUUUUGUUCCAUCA